GUGUGCGUUUGUGUGUGUGUGUGCUUCAUUGACAUCACCGAAAGUUGUCAACAAAUCUCUAAUUUUUAGCAGUUUUGUUGCAUUUUCAUCUUUAAUGGUGCAUGGCCUCCACUAAAGCCGAACCCCCAAUGUAUUUCAGUAUCAGUCUGUAGCACAUUUUCACAUAUUUCGUCUGGUUUCUUCUCGCCGCUAUGUCUUCGACAUUGAGACCCUACCUCACUGCAGUGAGGCAUACGUUAACUGCUGCCAUGUGUUUGGAUAACUUUUCCUCUCAAGUUGUGGAGAGGCACAAUAAACCUGAGGUGGAAGUCAGGUCUAACAAGGAAUUGCUCUUAAAUCCAGUGGUUAUCAGCCGUAAUGAAAAAGAAAAGGUCCUGAUUGAGACAUCUGUUAACUCCCUUCGGGUCAGCAUAUCUGUCAAGCAGGCUGAUGAAAUUGAACGAAUUCUGUGCCACAAAUUCAUGCGAUUCAUGAUGAUGAGAGCAGAAAAUUUCAUCGUUUUACGUCGCAAACCUGUGGAGGGAUAUGACAUCAGUUUUCUCAUUACCAACUUCCACACUGAACAAAUGUUCAAACACAAGUUAGUGGAUUUUGUUAUUCAUUUCAUGGAAGAAAUAGACAAGGAAAUUAGCGAAAUGAAGUUGGCAUUAAAUGCUCGGGCAAGAAUUUGUGCAGAAGAAUUUUUGAAAAGGUUUUAAUGGAACUUCGUCACUUUUCUACCUUUUUAAUCAUUAAUCAAAGUACGUCAUUCAGAUUUUGUAAAGUUUAUUCAAGUAUUUAAUAAAAAAAAAAAGGGACAGUUGA